AUGGAGGGCGCCUACUCGCCGGAUCUAAACACCCACGACGUCCCCAGAAAUCCCUCCGACUGGAAGCAAGCGGCCCGGCUCGGGAGCAACAAGCACUGCACCCACCGGGAGCUGGAAGUGUUGGGCGUAGCGUUCACCUACCGGAAGGUGGAGGAUCUGAGGAGCGGCAUCGCCUGGCAGCUGGUCAACAGAGAAGGGUUCAUGGUGGUGUGGCGCAACCCUGGCGGCUGGAGCACCAACCUCAGGCCCAACAGCGUCCUGCGCCGCCUCAACGACCUCUACCAGUGGUCCAAGCACGGGAUCCAGGUCACCAUCCCGGUGGAAACCGCGUGGGACCGCUUCGAGCUCACCACCGGGAAGCUCAUGGUGGGGGCCGGUUCGGGUUCGAGCUCGGCGCAAGCGAAAAAGGAGCUGGAGGAGAAGGAGAACCAGAGGUUUCAGGCCGAGAAGGACAAGGAGAUCGAGGAGCUCAAGAAACAGGCCAAGGAGAAGGAGGACGAGCAACUUGCGGCCAAGAAGGAGAUCGAAGAGCUCAAGAAGCAGGCCAGGGAGAAGGAGGAAGUGAGAAUGUUUGGUAAACGACAGGAGAUUUUGUGA